UGGACCAGAGGACAAUUGAUGACUGGAUUUCCCCUGAAAGUUUGGAAUGAGAACUGUGGAUAACAUUUUAGAAAAGUGGUCUGUCCAAGGCAAACAAAUUACUUUUGAAUUGGACUUUCUGUGCUGUUAAUAUCUAUAGUGAUUGUUCUAAUGCAGUCCUCUUUAAAAAGAGCCUGGUAGGUUCCUGAAGGGGUCUCCCUGCCAGCAGACUGAGCAACAGGGGAGCUGAGACUGAAAAAAUAAGAACAUCCCCACAAAGAAACUCACAGUGCACCAUGUAUUCAUGACUUUCUGGCUGAAAUUCAGGUGUUUAUUCAUGAAACGUAGCUGCUGAUGCCAGCGCCUCUGGACUUGGAUGGGAGUAAUCUGCCUGAUUCCUGAACGUCUGAGCGUGGGUUCAGCCUGGAUGUUGGACGUCCUCGGUCCCUUGAUUCAUCUGUCGCGGUGAUGAGGCAGGACUCCUGGUGGCCUGUGUGGCUGGCUGGGCAGCAGCCCAAGGUGAUGUGAUGGGGUGCCGGAACAGCAAGGUUCUCCCUGAGCCUCCAGGGGACGUUCAGUUGGACCUGGUCAAAAAGGUUGAUCCACAGCCUCCACAGACAGAUAUCUACAAGCACUUCAUUCGAGGGGAUGGCACUGGAAGCAAGACUGGUGAGGCAGGUGCCAUGUCAGCUGAAAAGCCCGACCUUACAUGCACAUAUCAAGGCCAAGCUCAAGCUGCGUCUCCCACUUCAGCUUUGGCUCAGACCCCUAAGGACCCCUCCAAACUGUCGGACCCUCAGAGAAAGAAGGUGGCAAAGUAUCGAGCUAAGUUUGACCCCCGAGUCACGGCGAAGUACGAGAUAAAAGCCCUCAUAGGUCGCGGGAGUUUUAGCAGAGUUGUUCGCGUGGAGCACAAGAGCUCAAGGCAGCCGUACGCCAUCAAGAUGAUCGAAACACGUUACCGGGAGGGGAGGGAGGUGUGCGAGUCAGAGCUGUGCGUCCUGCGCCGUGUUCGUCACACCAACAUAAUCCAGCUGAUGGAGGUGUUUGAGACAGCAGAGCGCGUCUACAUGGUAAUGGAGCUGGCCACAGGAGGGGAACUGUUUGACCGCAUCAUUGCUCGCGGCUCCUUUACAGAACGAGAUGCCACACGGGUCCUGCAAAUGGUGCUGGAUGGUGUGAAGUAUCUCCACGCUUUGGGGAUCACUCAUCGGGACCUGAAGCCGGAGAAUCUGCUGUACUACCACCCCGGAGCCGAUUCCAAGAUCAUCAUCACUGACUUUGGUUUGGCUAGCAGUAGGAAGAAAGGAGACGAGUGUCUGAUGAAGACCACAUGCGGUACGCCAGAAUACAUUGCCCCAGAGAUCCUGGUGAGGAAGCCCUACACGAACGCUGUGGAUAUGUGGGCGCUGGGGGUGAUCUCGUACAUCCUGCUGAGCGGAACCAUGCCUUUUGAGGACGAUAACCGCAUGAGGCUCUACCGGCAGAUCUUAAAGGGGAAGUACAGCUUCUCUGGAGAGCCUUGGCCCAGCGUGUCCAACCUGGCCAAAGACUUUGUAGAGCGGAUUCUGACUGUGGAUCCCAGCGAGAGGCUGACGGCCGGCCAGGCCCUCAAGCACCCCUGGAUCAUCAGCAUGGCAGCAUCCUCCUCUAUGAAGAACCUGCAGCGCUGCAUAUCUCAGAACCUCUUGAAGCGGGCCUCCUCACGCUGCCAGAGCACCAAGUCGGCCCAGUCCACGCGCUCCAGCCGCUCCACCAAGUCCAACAAAGCUCGCAGGGUGCGAGAGAAAGAGCUCCGCGAGCUGAACCGUCGAUAUCAGCAGCAGUAUAACGGCUGAUGGAACUGCAACGGUUGUUUGACUAUAAAAAGUGUCUUAAAAACAACUUGGACAUAAUGGUGUUAAUGGCCAAAUAAUGUAUAAAGAAUGUCGAUUUAAAACAAGCAUUCCUAACAGAAAAAAACUCUUGAUGAAGACGAAGGUUGGAUCAUUUGGUUGUUUCUUCUCCAUCGGUUACCAGUGUCGCUAUUUAUUUAUUAUUGUGAUUAUAAAUCUCCCUUCAAACGGUCACUGGGUAAUGACCUUCCAAAUGGAUCUGUUGAACAGAGUUCUGGACACUGAUGUUUCUAAGAAGCAAAUGUGCUCUUUAAAGUAAGGAGAAACAAAUUCUCCUUUUUCUUUCUGAUCAAAAGUGCUGUGAAUUUAUUAUUGAACUCUUUGUAUAGACCUUGUGAUGUUGUCGGUAAUCAGAUUAUAGUAAAACAUAAUCACCAUCUGAAGGAUAACAUGAAGGCAUAUUUGUAGUUAGUAGUUUUAACUAAUCUGUUUUUUUGGUUCCUAAGCUGUCAAAAGAUUGUGAAUCUGUUAACAUUUAAUUUUAGAUGUAUUAAACACUAAGAUGUGUCCCAACCUCCGAA